AUGGAUCCGCUGUAUUUGCAAUGGAUCCAUCGCUACGCCUUCGGACAUGAAAUUUUACGAGGAGAUGUUGUGAACAAGCAUGCUGAACUCUCAAGGCGUAUACAUUGCAAAGAGAAACUAGCAAUCCCUGGCGAAAUGUGUCCCAAACUUUUUUCGGAGAUUUCCUCCUGCGAUCUAACUGAGGAUGGAUUUUCCUGUCCUGACAUCCGACGUAAAGGGAAUACUACGCUGCGACAGGCCCAAUUGGUACUAACAAGAAUAUUACGAGUAUUUGACCUCAUUUCACGCAAGCACAACAUGCCAUACUGGGUGCGAUCCGGAUCCCUUAUAGGAGCCAUAAGGCACAAUGGGUUUAUUCCAUGGGAUGAUGAUAUAGAUAUAGAGAUACCACUCAUGUAUUACAUCGACUUCUUUGAAAAAUUCUCCAGAGAACUACCGGAUGAUAUGUUCUUCCAAACUACCAGGACAGACGUGAACUACACGUACCGACUGCCGAAGAGUCUUUUUAACAUUUGGUCGGUCAGUGAUCAACGAGUGGGAUUGCAUCAUCACCCUAGGCUUCCCAAAGUCAGAGAUCGAUCUAGCUGCUACAAAUUUUGUCUUAAAAGAGGAUGCGCUUAUCACGACGGUCUGCAGCUCGAUAUCUUCGUGGUCGAUUCAAUUCCUUGGGGAAUAUUUCCAUUGAGGGAAAUGACCUUUGAGGGAUUCAACAUUCUUGUUCCAAACAACUGGAAAAGUAUGAUAGCUGCCGAGUAUCCACAGUUUAUGGACUUACCUGAAAAGGAGUUGAGGCUCCCGAAAAAUAUGGACAUUGAUCCCGUGCACGGGUGCGAGGAGCUGUCAAAGAAGUAG